AUGGGUCAGUCAGACAGUCAGACAUCAGAUGUGAUUUAUGAGAUCUUUGGUUUUGAAGAUAAAACUCUGCCCUACUCUCUGACCAUCAUCGAUACUCCUGGAUACGGAGAUACCAGAGGGACUGAACAAGAUGAAGUAGUCAGUCAAAAAUUAUUAGACUUGUUCAGCUCAGAUGAUGGAGUUGAAAACAUCAAUGCAGUGGGUCUGGUGCUGAAAGCGACUGAGAAUCGACUCAGUGACCGACUGAGGUACAUCUUUGAUUCAGUGGUGUCUCUGUUUGGAAAAAACAUGGAGAAGAACAUUGUUCCCCUCCUCACUCACUCAGAUGGUCUGACACCUGAAAAUGCUCUAAAAGCUCUAGAAGAUGGAAAAAAUAAAUACUUUCUGGAAAAAACUGAACCUCCAAAGCUGAUGACAACUGUUGAAGUGUUGAAUUCACGAAUCAGACUGACAGCCUGCAUCCAAAACCUGCAAGAGAGAGUUGAGUUUAUUGAACUAAAACAGAAAGAAAUCCAACAGACUGAGGAAGCUCUGAAGAAAUAUGAACAAGAGAUGAAGAACAAUGAGAAGUUCACUGUAGAAGUUGAUGAGGUCUACAAAGAUAAAGAACCUAUUGAUGGUGGGAUGUGGGGGUUGGUGUUUUAUGAAGCAGCUGUCUGCUGUACAGUCUGUGAAGAGAACUGUCACUAUCCUGGAUGUACAGUGGCCUGGAGUCCAGAACACUGUGAGGUCAUGAAAGAUGGUCGCUGCACUGUUUGUACCAGGAAGUGUCCCGUAUCAGCUCAUGUGAAAGAAAAGUGGAUCUAUGUGAACAAGACAAGAAAAGUUCAGAAGACCUUAGAAGAUGUGAAAGAGAAGUAUGAAAAGAGUAAAUCAGACUGGGAGGAGACAGCAAGCCUUUUGGAAAAUCUAAAAAAGAAAACAGAAGAACUUCAGAAAGAUAAAGAUCAGAUGUUGGAAAAGUCCUACAAGCUGGUUGUCAGACUGGAGCAGAUCGCCCUGAAUGCUGAUUCACUGUCCACUCUUGUCCACUUGGACUUCCUGAUUGAGAAGAUGAAGGAGAAAGGAGACACAGAGAAGGUCCAGAAACUGGAAGAGAUGAAAAGACGAGUGGAUGAAGGAACCAGAGCAGCACUUAGGUACAAACAAUCAGCAGCUGGUGAAGAAGCAAAAUCAAAGUAGGUGAACAACGGA